AUGAGCGAUCCCAUUCUGAUCUCCGACGAGGAGGAGGAUUCACCUCCAUUCCCGUCGAAGAAGGCUCGGAAGAAUCCUACUACCCCUACCGAUCCGACACCGGAGAAACAACCGCCGGGAUCUGCUGCCACUCCUUUGUUCGUCGACGAGUUACCUUUCUAUGACCAUGUCACUGUCGUUAAGUGUGGAGUUUCUUCUCGCGGAGAAGACAAGUUUUCCGGUAAACAAGUAAUAUCUCUUGGUUCGGAUUCUGAAGACAGUCCUCGAGCUGAAACUUCGAACAAGUAUGAGUCUGUGCAUGCUGAUUCUUUGGAGCAACGCUGGGAAUUAGGAUCUGGAUCCAGUGAUGCAGAUUCUGGUGAUGCAAACGAUGACCCGAAGACAAGAAUAUCUAACCCAAGUAUUUCAUGCGAUGAUAGUACUAAUUGGAUGCAGGGAGCUAUCUUUCGAUCUUCGUUUCCCAAUGAUGCUCUUGAGGUAGAUUCUGACCAAGAGAAAGAAGUUAUAAGCAUUGAGAAAAGGGGUCGAAAAAAGCAGACCAGAAGUUCUAAAAGUACAUCUCUUUCUGUUGAAGCAUUGCGAAAAAAACAGAUGUCAAAGGAGGAAAAAAUCCGUGCGACCAAAUUAAGAAAAGAACAAGAGAAAUUACAGAAAGCUGCCUUGAAAGCAGAAGAAGCCGGGCGUGCAAAGUUAGAGAGGGAAAAGCAGAAAUUGGGAAAUGGAAAGUCAGCGCUUAAAUUUAUUGUUGCUGAGAUUGAUGCUAAAUUGGUAGAAGGAUCAGUUGGAGGAUGUCUGCUUUCGAGGUUGGCAGAGAAGGGCAUUUCAUACCGUGUAAUCUCUAAUCCAAUUGAGAGGUCCAUCGUGUGGACAAUGUCAAUUCCACAGGAUAUUGCUCAGCUUUUGUCCCUAGGGCCCAAGAUUCCAUAUGUUUUACUUAUGUAUGAAGCUGGAGACUUUUGUAACCUCGUUGCUAAUGAAAGACUUCUAGAAAACAUCUCAAGAGUUCGGGAAAAAUACCCAUCUUACACAGUGUGCUACCUGACCAAUAAGUUAAUGUCCUAUAUAAACAAAAGGGAAAGGGAAGAGUAUAAGAACUUGGAAAAAUCCAAUGGUUGGAGGCAGCCUCCUAUCCAUGAGGUACUUGCAAAGUUAACUACUCACUAUAUUGGAGUGCAUUCCAGGCACUGUGUAGACGAAGCUGAGGUGGCUGAACAUGUUGUUGGUUUAACAAGCAGUCUGGCCGCUUGGAAAGUCAGGAAGAAGUUAUCGUGGUUAUCGGUAAAUGCCGACGGUGUGCUAGCCUCCAUGGAUUCAGCUGACAAGCACUUGUUCAAAAAGAGUACAUGGUUAAAAGCGUUAGUAGCGAUACCAAAGGUACAGCCAAGAUAUCCAGUAGCAGUGUGGAAGAAAUAUCCAUCAAUGAAGUCUCUUCUGAAGGUUUAUAUGGAUCCUAACGUAUCGGUUCAUGAGAAGGAGUUUCUACUGAAAGACUUGAAGGUGGAAGUGUUGUUAGGAGGAGAGAUAAGGUUAGGUGAGGUGUGUUCGAAGAGGAUAUACAGAGUUUUAAUGUCUAAAAGUGGAGCCAGUAAGACCGAUGACGUCGAAAAUGGUGGUGCUCUUCCCCCAUAUGGCUUAAACUAG